UCGGCCGCGCUCCAGAGCCGGCUGGGAACGGCGGCGGCGCGGGCUCCACGUGCAGCGACUCUCCCGGUAAGCCGCGCCGCGCCCGCGACUCGCAGAGUGAGGCCCCGGGGCCCUUCCCGCGGAAUCGGCGCUAAGGAACCCCGGCCCCUCUCCCGCCUCCCAGGCACCCUUGGGCCUGGAACUACAACUCCCAGCAGCGUGCGCGACACGAACGCCGGCGGCAACGGAGGCUCACGAGGCACAAACGCCCCUGGCCGCUUGGUUUUACGCGCUCGCUUGCCCCCCGACACUGCAGCCACCUCCCCAACCCCACGGAACAAGACGCUGACUCCGAAGGGAGCCUGAACUAGAAGAGAGAACAAAGUACGCAUGCGUACAGUGCACUGUUUCCAAGAGGGAAAAAGGGGUGAAGUUAAGUGAAGGGAAGAUAAGAUGGCGGGGUCUUAGCUGUGGGACCCGGAAGCACUUGCCCUCCACUUCCUCCUCCUGUUUGGCUUCUGUCUCACCUAGAGGCGUCCGGUCGCAGACUGUCUCCGAGGCGCUUCCUGUCCGGUGAGCGUCGAACGACUGCAGCGGCGGCCCAUAAUGCAUUGCGAUGGCGGGUAGGCGUGUGUAGGCGGAGCCAGGGCCGGAAGUAGAACGGUGGCGGCGGCGGUGACUCUGGCAGCUCGGGACUCGGUGCAAGUACCAGAGACUCACCAUGAUUCUCCAGCGGCUCUUCAGGCUCUCCUCUGUCCUUCGCUCGGCAGUCUCUGUGCAUCUGAGGAGGAACAUUGGUGUGACAGCCGUGGCAUAUAAUAAGGAACUUGAUCCGAUACAGAGACUCUUCGUGGACAAGAUAAGAGAGUACAGAUCAAAGCGACAGACAUCUGGAGGACCUGUUGAUACUGGCCCAGAGUAUCAGCAAGAGCUGGACAAAGAGCUUUAUAAGCUUAAACAAAUGUAUGGUGGAGGAGACAUGAAUACGUUUCCUACCUUCAAAUUUCAAGAUCCCCAAUUUGAAGUCAUCGAAAAACCCCAGUCCUGAAGAAUAUUAUAAAAUUCAUCUGGUAAUUUAUCAUGAAUUAGUUGUACAACUAAUUAAAAAAUGCAAAUAAACAUUCAUUUCUCAGUUA